CAAUGCAAUAAUUUUAAUAAUAAGUAGCAUUGUCAAUUACUUCCUUUCUUUCUUUAAUUACUAUUAUUUACCUUCUUUUUAUUAUAUUUAGUUGCACACUAUUAGUAUCUAUAUCUUAAUCCUUGAAAAGGAUAUUAAAUUCUUCGAAGUCUAACAAAACAAGUUUUAUCAUUUUGAAAAAUAUAGAAUUUGGUCGGUAAUCCGGCAUCUCUUUAAAUGUGCGCAAUUUUUCAUAAUAUUUUUUAAUACACGGAACAUCAAAAAGUCACUUUGUACAUUGUACAUAGCCAAAACUGUGCACUUGUGGCUCCUGCAAACAGAACACGGCAACGCUUGAUAAAGCGACGUGUACAACAUGGAGACAAUUGGCGGUAGACAAAAGGGAACUUUUAUUUAUGUAUGUGAUGGAUAUACAUAUAACAUUGAUAAGCGGAUAAAUAACACAUAUCGAUGUUCAAGUCGUCGUUCAACAGGAUGUCCUGGUGUUGCAAAAAUAAUUAAUGAGCAAGUUCAUGUGCAAACUCUACAUCAACAUCCACCAGAUACCAAAAAGUUGGAAAAAUCUAAAAUGCAAAAUGAAAUGUUACGUUUAUCACGAGAAUCGCUUCUACCACUAAAGGAAAUUUUUGAUAACGUUUGUCGAACAAAUUUAGAAGUAGCUGCACAUAUAUCGUACAAUUCCAUGAAAAGUGUAAUGGCUCGAGAACGAGCUAAACAACGACCUCCUAUACCACAUACCUUUCAAGCCUUAUCUACUGAUUUAAAUAAAUAUGAUUGGAUUAAAGAUUUUUAUAAAGGAAGUGUAACUGCACAGGAUGGUAGCAUGGCUGCUAUAUUUUCGAGUGAUGUACUUAUUGAUGCCUUAAAGACAACUACAGAAAUGUUUGUCGAUGGGACAUUUUCUAUUGUUCCCCGCAUUCCACGUAUGAUUCAAUUAUAUACUGUUCACAUACGUUAUAAAAAUACAGGUAUUGCAGUUGUCUUCGUAUUAUGCGAGACACAAACAUUUGCCCUUUAUCAGGCAAUAUGGGAAAAAAUAAUUGAAAUCGCUCCAGAUUUGAAAAAAAAUGUCAAAUUUAUAAUGGGAGAUUAUGAACGCGCAACAAAUAAUGCCCUUUAUAAAUGUUUCCCCGAAGCUAGUUUGAAAGGAUGCUGGUUUCAUUACAACCAAGCUGUGUUGCGCAAAUGGCGGCAACUUGAUUUAACAAAUGCUCCAAGAAAAUUAAUAAUGAUAGUUAUGUCUGUACCGUUAAUAUCAGCCACUUUAUUUGAGCAAUGUUUUACUAUAUUACAAGACGUAGCUGAUACUAUGUCUAGUGACUAUCCUACAGUAUUACAAUUUAUGUGCUAUUUACGUAAGACAUGGUUGCCCGCAGCAAACAAAGUAUCUGUGUAUGGAUGUCCUGUUCGCACAAAUAAUAUAGUCGAAAGUUUUCACAACACGAUUUCAAAGAAAUUCGGGAGUAGACAUCCAAAUGUGUGGAUAUUUAUUGAAAAUUUGAAAAAAGUAAUUAUAGAUCAAGAAAUUGAUUUUCGUCGCUUACAGAAUAAUCUUCAGGCACGUAGACCUCAAACUCGAGCCAAUAAAAAAAAAAAAUAAUAUAAUACUACAGAAACAAAAAGAUCUCAUGGAACAUAGGUAUGCAUCAAUUAUAAAAUAAAACUAUAUAUACUUGUGACAGAAAUUAUUUUUCAUCUAUAAUGAUAUAUUAAUGCUAACAUCUAGAAAUAAAUAUUUAUUUCUUACAGAUUAUCACUUCAUGAAUUUUUAGACUCAUUUAGUCGCUUCUAUGAAGACUAUUUAUACAAUAUGGACAUGAUUGACGAAGAGAUAACUCAUGAGAACAAUCAUGAAGUUUGUACCGAUUUUCUAUCAGAAAGUUUUAAUUCUACGUCGGAGGAAGGUAUGUAUUUUUAUUUAUAUCAAAUCAUAAGUACUUUAUAUUACUCUGUUAUUAAUUCAUACUUUUCAAAUAUUUGUGAAGCUCUGAGAACUGCUAAUAGUAACAUAAAUACAAAUACAAUAAGAAAUCCACUUACAUUAACGCAGAGACAAGAUUCUGUGCAAGAAGAACUCUCUAUUUCUGAAAAUGCAAUUGGUACAGAUACUCUAAUCGACGUCAACACUGUAGAAUUCACAAUUGAUGUCGACACUGAACUUACUACAAAUAGUCCGGUAACAAGUGACACGCACAAUCAAAAUACAAACAACAUUCCCAAUUUAUCACGAUUUGAUAAUGAUGAAUUUGAUGACGAAUCCAUUUAUAACAUCCCAGAUGACGACUAUGGAUAUUGGUACGAAGGUCAGGAAACUAUUGCAGAAAGUGACGUCCCGUAUCAUAAAGUUGAUAGACUUUCUCUGGAAAGGGGCAAAGAAAAUGAAGGAGUAAGGUCUGAUCAUAGAUGCACUAUUUGCCUUGAUGCUGUAUCGAAUCAAGUUUUUAUACCGUGCGGUCACAUUUGUUGUUGUGAAGAUUGUGCUAAUUAUAUUAUGGGAGAGAGCAAUAAUGUUAAGAAAUGUCCAAUCUGCAAAGCAGAAAUUUCAUCUAUCUACAAAGUAUAUACAGCAUAAAUGAGUUUGUAUUUUCUUCUAAAUAUAAGAACAUCUAAGAAUGUUUGCAACUUUCUUAAUACGCGUAAUCUGAGAUACUUGUCAAUUAUAAGCUUUGAAAUAUAUAUGGCUAGACUACCUUGCAUAUUUUAAUCUUUACGCAUAUGGUGCGCA